AUGACCUCUGCAACCAAGGUGUAUUAUAGCCAGACGACGCAGACUGACAGCCGCCCCUUGAUUGGCUCCACCCUGCGUAAGAGGCGGGUAAUGACAAAGGAUGGGCGGAGCAACGUCCGUAUGGAGCACAUCGCUGACAAGAGGUUCCUCUACCUGAAGGAUUUGUGGACGACCUUCAUUGACAUGCAAUGGCGCUACAAGCUGAUUCUCUUCUCUGCUUCAUUUGCUGGGACUUGGUUCAUCUUUGGUGUGAUUUGGUAUCUGGUGGCCAUGCUGCACGGGGACCUGCUAGAAUUUGACCCUCCUGCCAACCACACGCCGUGCGUCAUGCAAGUCCACACGCUCACCGGGGCUUUUCUCUUCUCCCUGGAGUCCCAGACCACCAUUGGCUAUGGCUUCCGCUACAUCAGUGAGGAGUGCCCGUUGGCCAUCAUCUUGCUCAUUAGCCAGCUGGUCCUUACCACGAUCAUGGAGAUCUUCAUCACUGGUACGUUCUUGGCCAAAAUUGCCCGUCCCAAAAAGAGGGCAGAGACCAUCAAGUUUAGCCAGAAUGCUGUGGUGGCACAGCACGAUGGCAAGACCUGCUUGAUGAUCCGAGUGGCCAACAUGCGCAAAAGUCUACUCAUUGGCUGCCAGGUGACUGGCAAACUCCUCCAGACCUACCUCACCAAGGAAGGUGAGAACAUCCGACUCAACCAGGUCAACGUGGAUUUCCAGGUGGACACUUCUUCGGAUAGCCCCUUCCUCAUAUUGCCUCUCACGUUCUACCACGUGGUGAAUGAAAACAGCCCCUUUCGGGACCUGGCCUUGCGCACGGGAGAAGGAGACUUUGAGCUUGUGGUCAUUCUCAGUGGCACCGUGGAAUCCACCAGUGCGACGUGCCAAGUGCGGACCUCCUAUCUACCCGAGGAGAUCCUUUGGGGCUAUGAGUUUAGCCCUGUCAUUUCACUCUCAGCCAGCGGGAAGUACGUCGCUGAUUUCAGCCUGUUUGAACAGGUGGUAAAAGCGUCGCCUCCUUGCUGCCUGCACGAGACUGUGCGGUUUGGAGACCCUGAGAAGCUGAAGCUAGAGGAAUCCUUCCGGGAGAAAGCAGAGAGGGAAGGCACCCCCUUGAGUGUCCGCAUCAGCAACGUUUGA